AGGCGAUGCGGUAGGGACCGAUGCGCUGGCAGUGAGAGCCCGUGCGUGUGUGUCCCGCGCACCGCCCGCCCCACAGCAGAGCCUGCGAGGAGGACAGAGCCUGCAUCCAAAAUGCCACGCUCCUUCCUGGUCAAGAAACAUUUCAAUUCGUCCAAGAAGCCGAAUUACAGCGAGCUGGACACUCAUACAGUGAUUAUAUCCCCAUACCUGUAUGAAAGCUAUCCAGUCCCUAUCAUACCACAGCCAGAGAUCCUGAGCUCAGUAGCUUACAAUCCCAUUACUGUGUGGACUACAACCGGGCUGCUACCGUCUCCAUUACCCAACGACCUCUCUCCACUUUCUGGAUACCCCUCAUCUUUGGGAAGAGUCAGCCCACCUCCCCCUUCUGACACAUCCUCCAAAGACCACAGCGGUUCAGAAAGCCCCAUUAGCGAUGAAGAAGAGAGAAUCCAGUCCAAGCUUUCAGACCCUCAUGCAAUCGAAGCUGAAAAGUUUCAGUGCAGUUUAUGCAACAAGACCUAUUCAACUUUCUCUGGGUUGGCCAAACAUAAGCAGCUGCACUGUGAUGCCCAGUCUAGGAAAUCAUUCAGCUGCAAGUACUGUGACAAGGAGUAUGUCAGCCUGGGAGCGCUUAAGAUGCACAUCAGAACCCACACACUGCCUUGUGUCUGCAAGAUCUGUGGCAAGGCUUUCUCUAGACCCUGGCUACUUCAAGGACACAUUAGAACUCACACUGGAGAGAAGCCGUUUUCCUGUCCUCACUGCAACAGGGCUUUCGCAGACAGAUCCAAUCUGAGGGCUCAUCUGCAGACCCACUCGGAUGUGAAGAAAUACCAGUGCAAAAAUUGCUCCAAAACUUUCUCCAGAAUGUCUCUUCUGCACAAACAUGAGGAAUCUGGCUGCUGUGUAGCACACUGAGUCGUGCAGUCAAUGUUUACCUGGACUUGCAUUUCUCCACUUCCAAAUGAUAAGUGGGAAUCCAAAGGCAUAUUCUUGUCUACUCUUCAGCCAAAAAAAAAACACA